AUGGAAAGAGUCAAGGACAAAAUAAUCAUUAGACCAAUUGUGUACGGUAAUACAGCUAAUUUUUUGGGCAAAAAAAGAGAGGAAGAUGGACACACGCAUGAAUGGACCGUGUUCGUGAAGCCUUAUUUUAAUGAAGAUCCAUCCAAAUAUAUUCGUAAAGUACAAUUCAAGUUGCAUGAUUCGUAUGCAAAUGCAACUCGAAUGAUCGAAAAGCCCCCUUAUGAAGUUACUGAAACAGGAUGGGGUGAAUUCGAAGUUCAAAUUCGAAUUUAUUUCGUAGACGUAAAUGAAAAACCGGUGACAGCCUUUCAUUAUCUCCGAUUAUUUCAUCCGCAGGUUACACUUCCUAAUGGCAAAAAGAUGGUCGCUGCAGAAUACUAUGAUGAAAUUGUAUUCCAAGAACCUACAAUAGUGAUGUAUAAAAUCUUGACGCAGUUAGAUAGCCGUAAAGUGGAACCCAGACGUUUCCAUACUGAUUUCCUUUUCGUACGCAAGCGAACGCAAGAAAUGAUCAACAAUGCUAGGACUGAGAUUAACAAGGAAAUUCAAGAUUUGAUGGAUUCGUUGAAAGCCGCACAUGAACUCAUUGGAAAGUAUUCGAAGGAAGUGGAAAGAUUAGAAACAGCUAGUGUAAAUGGUGACGAUUCUGCUAUGUCAUGUGAUUCUAGUGAUAAAGUGUUAGAUACGAAACAGUUCUUGUAG